ACGACCGAAGUGAUCUGUGGCAGCCAAUGAGCCCAAAGUGUAAUCACUAGACCUGAAUAGGCAUGCAUAUAUUGAAAGGUUGGUAUUGACAUUUUGAAUAAUAACCGUGGAUCGUUAACCAUCACUUACUUUUUAUGGAACACACAGUGCUUGGAAUAUUUAAAUAUAGCUGGGUUCGUACUCGAAGUGAAGACAAAUGUUCUUAGCGUUUUAGCCAAUACACAGUUUGUUUAGACUCACUUAAUUACGGUGUGGUCAAGGAAGAAUCGAACAGACCAUGUUAAAAAGGAAAAAGGUCUUCGUUCAGUUCCCUUUGGAGACAGCAGCAAGCCCUGGAAAAGAUACCGAAAUACCAACGCCGACACCUAAACACACAAAAUGUCAUAGAGAAAUCGAUCAAGUAUACAGAUUAAUCAGCACCAGGAACUUCUCCUUGGCGAGGGAUCAACUCCGGAAUUUUAACAAGGACAUUCAUGGACAACCAUUGUUACGUUGGCGGAGAUCGAAAGACGGCAUGGAGACAGACGAGACUCUCCUUCAUAUAUGUCUGAUGCAUAACAGUGAGGAAAACGUCGCCUGUAUCAUUCACAUCCUUGCCAUCUGUCCUGACCUGCUCAUGGUGCCGAGGUUCAGCAUGGCGUUUGCAGGACAGACACCACUUCAUAUUGCCGUAGUAACGGGAAAUGUCCAGGCCUGUGAGGAGAUACUGAACGUUGCAGAGCGUUCGAAAGUGAAGUUGCGUGCACUAAUGAAUGCUCGUGCUACAGGCAAAAUCUUCAACAAUUCCGUUAUGAUGGGACAAAUACCAUUGUUUGUCAGUGCUCUAACGUUUAAAGAAAACAUUGUUGACCUUCUUCUUCGAAGAGGAGCAUCACUGUUUGUGAGGAAUGGGAAGGGAGAUAAUGUAUUUCAUACCAUAAUAAAGUACAUCGUGAUUAACAGAAACAAAUUAGCUGAUGCUAGACGUAUGAUCACCUUCCUGCACAAGAAAGUUGUCGUAGAAAACCAGAAAAGACAUUCGAGGAGAAAGCAACGGCGUUAUGACAAACACAGUCGAAACGAGAAUGACGGUAGAAUAAAAUCAUCCUUUGACGAAGGAACUAAUCCUGAAAAAACUGAGAACACAAGUGACAAAGAUUUGCGCCAAAUCUGGUACAUGAAGAAUAACCAUAAUCUUACAUCUCUUCAACUUGCAGCAAAAUAUGGGCUGGUAGAAAUCUUCAUCCAGAUCCUUAAUCUACCGAGCGUUUACUGUUUCGAAAACAAAAAUGACGGUCUUUUUGAUGAGAAACACUACGACAUCACAGAGGUAGAUUCCAUCACCAACUACAAGUCCCAACUCCUCUCAGGAGAACAAACGGUUAGGCCUUUCAAUUUCAAAGGCGUGAAAUCGGAAUCUGUUUUUGAGAUGAUGUUCGGAAACAAGAUGAGGCCAAAGGAUAUUGUAGAAAUCACUGAAAUACCACCUCUGCGAGGUCUGAUCAAACUCAAAUGGGAACUGUACAGCAAGAUGUUCUUUGCGUGGAUGGCCAUUCACCUCAUCUUUAUUAUCUUGUUGAGUGCGUACACAGUCAACCUGUCCGAACUGAAAUUCAAUCCUUCCAAUUCAGGUUCAACAGCAGAAUCUAUGCCAUCCCCACACCAGGUGAACUAUGUCAAUUUGUGUAUGUGGAGUUCAUUUGUCUAUGGACUUGUCUAUGUGGUUUUGGGCGUUACGGCGAUCAUCCCCAAAUUCCUACAACCGAACGCCAAGUUGUACUGGAAGUGCAACAUGGACUACAUCAGUAUAUUGAUGAUCUGCGGGAUGGGUCUCCUUGCAGAUAUCAUCUGGCAGUUCGUGGAUUACGAACACAACAGGGUGCCUCUUCUGAUAUCAGUUCUAACCGGAUGGUGGUUCAACUUGUUUUUCCUAAGAGGACUCAAGAUGUUCAGUUUCUUCACUGUGAUGAUUAAACGAGUAAUUUUUGGGGAUUUCCUGCGUUUUUCAGUGAUAAUAGCAUUCCAGCUGAUAUCGUUCUCUGCCAGUGUCCACACGAUGUAUCAAGGUAAAAACGUCCCAAGCAUCGAAUCAAACGUAGAUGAGCCCUCCUAUACGAAGUCAUUUGACACAUCUCUGUUCACCAUGUUUAACCUGAUGUUGGGAAUCGGAGGGAUCAACUCAACAAAAGUAGCCAGGUCGACUUGGCUGACAAACUCUUUAUACGUGGUUUACAUACUUUCUACGUACAUUCUCCUGGUAAACGCCCUGAUUGCUAUGAUGUCUUCAACGUGCUCCUUCAUCCUGCAAAACAAAUUUUCAGAAUGGCGGAUACAACAGCUUUCAGUCAUAUUGAUGCUCGAAAAUUGUCUCCAUGUGAUUCUCAGUUACUAUGAUCCCGUGACGCGCAGUGAGAUCAUAAAGGAAAAAAGGAAAAAAGUGUAUGACCCCGUGACAAAGACUUUUACGACUCAGGUCAGGUAUCUCCUGGAUAUGAAAACCCUUCAAAACGAUAUGAUUGAAAUGAAAGCGGAGGACAUUGAAGAAAUAACUGAGGCCCAACAAAAACGCAAUCAGGAAUCACUCAACAACAACAUCAACAAAAAUAUUCUUAAGAGGAUGGCUGCUUCCGCUUUCUUUCUUCCGUUUGUAAGACAACAAACUAAACCAGUCGUGCCUCAGCAGGAAUCAGAUAUGACAGACUUAGAACCAGACAUGUCGGACCUAAUACCACGACCUCGUGUGCCGGCUAUAUUUUACGAGUAUUUGAAACAUGACUUGAAUUAUGAUUCGGAUUAUGACAUAAUGAAUGAAGAAUUGGUGAGGAAGGCUGCCACGGAGGUGUUCCAUGUUGGAAGACGAGGGACGGUUGUAGAACCUUUCGAAGCGUCAUCGUCGGAGGAAUCAAGUAUAGAAGAGAAAACUUCAAGGGCACGGUACAGGCAUUACGUUGUACAAGACAACAUGGAUGACGAUUCGAUGACCAACAGGUUCUCCUCCUUUCAAAAGGGCCAAUUCUAUAAGGGCGAGAGCGAGGACGAAAGAACAUUCCGAUUGUUCGAGCAAUGUCUGGAUACCCGCCAGUUCCACUUCGCCACGGCCUUAGCCACACGAUUCACAAAAUCUGUGCAUGAAACGUAUGUUAGAAAAUGGCGGUUCAAGCGCGAACUAAAAAGGAACGAAAAUGUCUAUGAAAGAGAUGAGACGCUUCUGCACUAUAUCAUCAACUUUCCAGAUACCGGAGAACUCCUGUGUAUCUUACUCCAGAUUUGUCCGGAUUUGGCAUAUAUUCCGCGGACGCAUCCAGACUACUUUGGACAGACGCCUCUCCACAUAGCAAUCGCCUCGGGAAACCGGGAGGCAUUUGACAUAAUUUUGAAAAAGGCCUGGCUGAGUUCUCACAAGCAUAUACGUAAGUUGGUAAACGUACGAGCGACUGGAACUAACUUUCAACAUACAGUCAUGAUGGGCGAGCUACCAUUAUUUGUGGCGGCACUACGGAAUGACCAAUAUAUGGUGAAGAUACUUAUAAAAUACGGCGCAGUCCCUUAUGUUAUCAAUGGGAAUGGAGACACCGUGUUUCACGUCUUGAUCGAGUAUGCUGCACUGUACAGGGACAAAGUGAAACAUGUUAGAAAGAUGACGUCAUGCAUACAUGAACAGAUAAAGAACCUGAUGGAAAAGGCAAAGCAAACAAGACUGAAAAAGAAAAAGCUGGAGAAUAAGUUUCGAGACUUGAAGAAAAAACAGCAAGGCCAAGCAAUGAUCAAUCCGCAUGAAAACAGGAAAUCAGGUGAAGGAGAAAAGGAGACAAGAAAGUCGGUAACGUACGACUAUCGUCACGUUUGGUUUAUAAAGAACAACCAAUACUACACUCCGCUAGAACUGGCCGCUAAGCACGGACUGACGGAAAUAUUCAACGAUAUUCUUAAUCUACAGGACGUGUAUUGUCAUCUCGGCCAACGAGACGGCCUGUUCGACGAGAAGUCGUACGACAUUACAGAGAUAGACACUAUUGCCAAAUACUGCAGUCAGCGGGGUGUUGAUGACGAAGGUGAGCUCCAGUCCGAAGUAGGCUGUUCACUGUUUAGGCGGUAUCCUAAACGGGAAGCAAUCCUGCAAAUGAUGUGUAACUCUAAACUGGGUUUUUCUGAUGUUGCUGCUCUUAUAGACCUCCCACCGAUAAAGCUCCUCAUUAAAAACAAGUGGCAUUUCUACCGAGUCCCGUACAUAGCCUGGAUGAUAUUCCAUUACGCUUUCGUCCUUGUCCUGAGCGCCUUUGCUGUCAACAGAUCCGAGGUCGUAUUCAGUGUGUCAGAUUCGCAGCCUGGCUCCUCAUCUGGUAACUCAUCAAGUGACUCUACUACGCCAGUACCAGGAACGUCUGUCACUAAAGAAGGAUUUGUCGCCAUCACAAGGUGGAUUUUGGUUGCAAUAGCCGUCGUUUAUCUGAUCAUUGGGAUGUUGGAAACAAUGAUGAAAAUACGGAAACCAAACACUUUAGGAUACAUGCUCAAUAAUUUGAAUUACAUUGGUUUUAUCUAUGUCUUUUCCGUGGGAAUCAUCACGGACGCCAUCAUGCACCGAUACUGGUAUAACCAUGAUGGGAUUCCUAUGGUAGUAGCCGUCCUAGCGGCGUGGUGGUUCAAUGCAUUCUUCCUCGGAGGCUGGCGGUUGUUUGGUUUCUUCACGACGAUGAUUCAGAGAGUCGUCUUUGGCGACUUCUUCCGUUUUUCAGUAAUAAUAGCUUUACAGCUGUUUUCGUUUACCACAACGAUGACGGUUGUAUACCAGGACAAAAACACGCCUGCCAUUGACGGAACGGAAGACGAACCGGGACAUCGUACCAUGUAUGGAGCGUCACUGUUCAAAAUGUUUAAGUUAAUGAUUGGUAUCAAUGAAUUGCUCUUCCUUGAUCAGACAAAGCAAAAGUGGUUAGCUUAUAGCCUCUACGUCCUCUUCAUUAUGACUACCUACAUCCUCUUGAUCAACGCCCUCAUAGCUAUGAUGUCAUCUACGUGUACCCGCCUCCUGCAAAACAGGUACUCUCAGUGGAGGGUUAAGCAACUAUCCGUCAUCAUCCUCCUUGAGGACCUUCUUUCCCUCUUCAGUUAUAAUAAUAUGACUUCGGCAGCUGGCGGACCCAGUGUCAGUUCUGAAAAUGUGAAGAUGUUUAAUCCCUCUACGGGAACGGUUACAAUGGUUCGCAGAUAUUUUCUGAAGAUGUCAUCUGCAGUUCAGGAUUACAGCUAUCAUGACAUCGCCGAGACAGCGUCUGUCCUUGAGAAACGUGACGAACUUGCAGCAGAAUGUGCAACUAACCAAGAUAUCCUCCAGAAUAUGAAAGACGGAAUUAUCGCCGAGUCAGAACCUGCCGAGUCAGUUAUGGACGAUUAUACUAUGUGGGAGUUGUCGUCUGCAGAGGAGAGUGACACGGAAGACAGCCCUGAUCCCUUGAGAUAUUAUACCAUCUACAACGAGUUUACCAGUGGCUCUGGUGAACAACAGGAGGAUAACAACUCAGAUGCUGAUAGUACAGAAUCGCGUUUGCGCAGACUCACAAAAAUGGCAUCGGGUGGACGGAUCAUAUCUUACCCAAGAAAGGCCAACAGGAAAGUCAUGUCAAAGGAGACAUAGAAUUGAGACAAUACCAGGAUAAUUAGUAAUAAGAAAAAUAUCCAGUGGGCAUUCCUUUAUUUACCUAUAGUUUUAGAAAACCAACAUGAAGAUACAAAAUAUAACUGCAGAUUCAAAUGGACCGUUUGUUACCAGAGGUAAUAUAAUCAGUUAACAAUACAAAUAUAUACUAUGGUGUUUAUACUGUGUAUAUAUUACCCAAUGAUACACAGUACCAUUGAGCCAUGUACUAUACACUUAACAAAUGUUUACUAUACAUUAAACAGGUACAUCACGCCAUGUACACUAUAACUAAAUACUAUACAAACGUACACUAUAUAGACAAUGUUCAUUGUAUAAAAUUUGUUAUACAAUGUAGACAUAACAUGUAUUAGUGUACAUGAUACAAAUAUUAUGUUAAUCACACACACAGUAUACAAUGUAAACCAAAGUAUACAGUAUAUUCAAAGCACGUGUGAAUUAAAGUGAGCAGCACUCAUGAUCAAUGUAAAUCAAGUAGUAUUAAAUGUAUAUAACUGAUUGUUGGCUAUUGUCCAAUUACAUGUGCCUGCUAUAUAUAUAUAUGUAAGCUGUAUUCCGUAUCAUUUUGUACAAUACUAUGAAGAAAUGCAUGUUGAUGUGAUUUUAUUCAAAAGCAGAAGGGAAAAUACAAUGUUGGAAAGAUUUGGUCUUUUUAUUUUAUUUUAGUAUUGAAAUGCAUAUUUUAAACAUUAUGAUGGUACACUGUAUGCAAAACAGUUCCACCCAUACAUAUACCGUGAUAGCACAACUUGGAGAUUAUGAUAAUAAAUGUUGAAGAGUCAUUUCAAUACCUAAACACAUACUAAUCAACAAGAAAUUGUUAUUCAUCUUUCUGCUAUUUUGGUAUACAGUUAAAAACAAGAAUUCCACGGAAGUGGCUGUGUCGCCUGCGCAGGAAGCUGGGAGAUUACGAAGAAAUAGAUA